GUUAAGGAACUGCGUCCCCCGGUUGCUAUCAUGGAGGGACUAUACACAGAGCACAAGCGGAAACUCACAGCUAUCGCUACCAAAUGACGUUUUUCGUGUCGUUUUUAAAUGAACUUGUGAUACUCGGUUGUGGAUAAUGGUAGAACGUAUCGCUAGUUGGAUUUGAAGACUGUAACCUCGCCCUGAAAACGGAUGAGUGAAUUAAAAUUUAACGGCGUGACGUAGUGAGAAAAAAAAAAAAAAGAAGAAGCAGCGGCUCAGUUUUGCUCAGGAACUUGGAGCUGUCCCUACGAACAUCAAAAAGCAAGAUUCUGGGAGGAUGCAGGCUCUACAAGCAAACUUCUCCUAUCUACUAAACUCCAAGUUUGGAUAUACCAGAAAUCUCAGAAAUGAGCGGCUACUAUUGAUCCAGCAGCAGAGGUUGUGCAAAGCCCGAGCUCGGAAAUGUUUGCGGGAGACCAAUCAACGGAGAAAGGCUCUGGAGGAGCGGAGGAAGCAAUGGGACAUUCAGGAGCAGCUCCUGAGAAACAACAUCCUGCAACAGCGCAGGCAGCAGGUAGAGGAGGCAACCCAGCGCUUCCAGAGAGCCCAUCUGCCUCCUUCUCAGAGAUUCAGGCCACUUAUCAAAAAAAAAAACAGAGAUAUGGAGGAGGCACUUAGUCAAAUCCAACACACAGCGGAUUGGUAUACCCAGACCCCCUCAGUGGUGUCACCCAUUCACACUCCCAGUCGCCCUCCAACUACAAAGCCUCCCACAGUUUCCAAAUCCUCUCCCCGCCAAACGCUCACUGCUGAGGAGGCCUACACUAAACUGCUUCAGGAGCACCGCAUCAGGAAGGAUCUGGAAAUUCACAGUUUUGAGGCAAGCCAGCUGUCUGAUACCAGUAUUUCUGAAAGCCUUUUAAGCAAGGACAGCUUGGAGAUUGAAAACUCAGACCAAAGUACAUUAAGUCCACGGAGUCCGUAUUCAUCACUUUUUCUGGACUUUGAGAAACUAAAGAAGCGGCGUGAUUUAACCCCAAGAUCAGCCCCGACUUCAGUCUCGGCAAUGAUGCUUCAGGAUCAAAAUUCAGCCCUUCUUAGAAAACUUGACAAACACAAACAAAAAAGAGAGACAUAUUAUAAUAUGAAUGUUUCCCCAAGCGUCACAUCUGGAAAACAAACAGCUUUUUCUACACUUGCUGAUGACGACUCAAAGCACUUGGAGGCAAAAUCCAUGAAAAGCAGUCAAACCCGCACCAUUCUGGACACCAAUGAAGUUGAUGCUGAUGAUACUAAAGUGGAAGACUUAGAUGCCACAGAAGACUAUUUGUUACCCUAUAGAUCUCAAAUUAUUGAUGAAGACAGUCAGUUGAUGUAUCCAUCACACAUUCCUUUCUCUUCUGAAAAUGACAUUUUAUUGGAGACGCAGAUGAAAAGAAGUGUUCCCAAUAAUUACUUAAAUGAUGAAGUCCUUUUGCAUACAGUAAAAGAAAACCUCCAGAGGUUAUCUGAGAAAGUAGCCUCUAUUUCCAUUAAUAACCUCAACAAAGUCUCAAACCUAAUGUACCAAACAGAGAAACUCAUGAAUGCAACAUCAACAUCAUCUACAUGUUUCUCUGAUAAUCAAUCAGAGACAGAGAAGUGUGACAACGUAAAAGAAGAAGAUAAAGAAACACCAAUGAUCUCCACUUAUUCAGUAUGCAACACCAGACUACUCAAAGGAAUCCUAAAAAAACAGUCCAAGUAUUCUUCAGAGAAUUUGUGUUUGUAUGAUCCAGAACAUUUAAUUUUGUCAAAACAAGUAGCGUUUGCAAUAAGAGACAGUAUUGAAUUGACCAGAGCAAAAUCCAAAGAUGUGGUGGUCAAUAGCAGCAUGAAAAAAAAGCUUCGCUGGUUUGAUGAAGUCCAUCCAGAAAAGGAGUCCAAAGAGCAAGACACAGCAAACCAGGAGAAACCCGUGUCCCACCCAGCAAACAUCUCCAAGGACCACCAUCCAAGUGUCACUAGAGAGAAUGAGUCUUCAAAGCCUGGAGUCAGAACGCUGCCAGCUGCCUCUGUUGAUUAUCGAUUUGCAAAAGAAGCAUGGGCAGAUGUUGGGUUUCAAGUUAACUUGGCCCAGGAGCGAGCAAACAGGGUCAAGGCGCAGGGUGCCAGUACCAAGACCAGUGGGUCAAAGGUCCCUCGGAGAGAUUGUAAGGCCAGACUCCGUGGGGGUCCUGUUUCCUCACGAGUAAGAAAGGGCACCAUCAUACGACCUCAAUCUGCCACUGAGGUGAUUCAGAUUGGCAAAACCCAGGGGAAGAUCAUGGUGCCCCGCCCACCUCCUCGGACAGAGCCGAUGGAAGAAAAUGACGUAAAACAAGCCCCCGUCACAGAGGAGGCUCCGUACAGGAACAUCUCAGAGGAGACAUACCCCUGCCCUAUCUGCAUGUUUUUAGACUGCAAUGUGAAUGGUGCAUCCAGUUCGGGACCUCAAGAGAUUCACAACAUCAAUGGAAGAGGGAAGAUGAAUGAGAAAGGCCAGUGUUUACACAUCACACCCACAGAUGAAGAGAUCGCACAGCUCUGGGACGGAGUCCGCAGUGCCUUAAACACAAAGGAUGCCAAACCUGUCCUUCAAAAGCAAGCCCCGGGGAGCAGGCAAGUCUACAGGAAACCCUUUGCGGAGCACAGCAGACAACCUCCUGUUGCAGGAAGCAGGAAAUUUCUUCAGAGCUCUCAGCCUAAAAAGCAGAACACUGAGCUGAUGAGACCAGGUCCAAGGAACUGGAAUACAAUUUCUCAAAAUGAAGGUUUUGAUCGUGCGGCCCAGAUUCCCGUAGCUGAAGUGAAUCCUAAGCAGAGUCAACCUGUGGCCCAAAUACAGAUGCCUGAAAGAGUCCAGGAGGGACUCAACAGUCUUUCUUUAGAAGAGAAGAAAAUCAUGCUCUCUUUGGACAGACUCAACCACCAGCUGCACUGUUUGAAGUCACAUCGGCAAAUCAAAACUGACAACAAUGGUCAUAUAAUUGUUGGUACACCCAUUACCAAAGAGUCAAAAAAUCACAAGCAUCAGGCAUCGUCUGCAAACCUGCUUCAUUACCAGAAGAAAACAUAGCAUGUUUUAUUCUUCAGUCUCACCAUUGUUUGUGCAAAACCUCUUAUUACCAAAAAAUGUAUUUUAUCAAAGGUGCUUAGUGGAGUUUCUCAAAAACAGAAAUGAUGAAGCAUCACUAAAUGUGACCAAAUCUGAACCCUGAAUUUAGUUUUGGGUAAUACAGCACUUUCAAAAAAGCCUUGUUUUUUGUUAUUCUACAAUCAGGGAGUGAAAGUUGAUGCCUAUAUGGAUUCAUUUCUAAAAUCCAAAUACCAUAUGCACCCAUACCUUCCAAAUGUAAGGUAUUACUUUCUAAAAAAUACAUACAAACAUACAACUUACUACAUUUCUAUGUAUUUCUCAAAGCUCUUGUGUUUAAAAGUAUAAUUUGUAGUUAACACGCAGUUAGCCGACUGGGUUAAGUCUGCUUGGCACUAUCUUUAACUACUUAUAGGCAUGUCAAUAAAUCGACUGUGGCCUGGUAAGGAUGUUUAAAUAAA